AUGGUGUCUUUGUGUUUAGGGUCGUCCUUGGUGAGACUCUUGACCAAUUUGGUACACUCGGUAGCAAGCUGCAAAGUCUGCUCUUUCGACAAACCAAACACGACAUUGCGGAAACAGUCAGAGGUGGCUAAAUACAGAUGGAUUGUGGCGCGUUUGGCUCCGGUCAGAGACUCGAUUGUCCGUUUGAUCAGUUCCGGCCGGCACGGAGAAAGAACCUGGAUCGACACGUCUUCUGGGGCAGUCUCGACACAGAACCGGGUAAAAUCGAAGUCUAUUUGCGAGGCAGAAGGGAAUGCGACCUCAAUCUCCUUGAACCCGAUCUCGACCAGCUUCUUAAAAUACACCUUUUUCUCCUCGACAGACAUGGGGUCUGGAAGAGACUGGUUUCCGUCUCUAAGGUCGGUGGAGAGCCAGCGGGGUGGUUUUUCAAACGUCUUGUCUGGCCAUUGUCUAUUAGGAAGUUUCAAAGGCACAAAUUUCUUGUACUUUUUUGAUGGAUUCGAAAGCAUCUUUCAAAGUGUGACCGAUGAUGAAAUAUUUUUUAAGCUGGGCUUUCUUCCCUGUGGGGAAACAUCUCUGCACUCCAAAAUUUUCUUUUCAUCCACCAUGCCAUCUGUGAACGUUAAGGUGGAGUUUUUCCAGUGUGCUGUUUCCACGGAGGGAAAUCCAACCAUAAAGGACCUGAUGUACCAUAUAACCAAGACACUAUUAGUGGACCAGAAGGAUUAUGAUGUUUUUGUCGAGGACGACACGAUCCGGCCGGGUAUUUUGGUGCUGAUCAACGACACCGACUGGGAGUUGGAGGGCGAGGACGAGUACGAGCUCCAGGACGGCGACGUGAUUGCGUUUACCAGCACUCUUCACGGGGGAUGA